AUGGAAGGAAAAAUAGCGCAGAACGUCUGUCCUAGAUCACUUGGAUGGCUUCAGCUGCAAGAUAACGAUGCGAAGCCCUGGCUCUGGAAGUUUUCUAACUGCUUUUCAAUUACUGAACAGAAUUUUCCCCUCGCUGCAAAAACGAACAAGCCCAUGGAGAGCAGGAGAGGUGCUGCAGAGUUGAAGGAGGCCCCCUCGGCUCGCCACGUUCCUCUGCAGCCGUUCGCGGCCCUUCCCCUCCCCGACGUCCACUCUCUCCAGCCAAAGCAGAUCCAGCUUUCCCUCAACCCUAAAGUAAGCUGCUGUUCUCAUGGCUCUGACUCCUCCCCACGGGUUCCUCAGUUGCACUUUGGUGGUGGCGGCAACGGCGGCGGCAACAUCGGUGGUGGCGGUGGUGGUGGCAACAGCAGCGGCGGCAGCGGCGGCAGCUUGAUUCACCCUGGCACGGUCUUAAGCGCCCCCGGCACUGGGACAAUCACUUGGCAGAUAGGCUCAGAGUUGGCUUGCCGGUCCUCCUCUUCGCUCAAGAACGGCCCCGCGAGAAGCAACAUGGCUGGCCUGUGCCGGGAAAACCCGGUCCCUGCGUGCCCCCACUUUUCCUGCUGCGGGAAAGUCCACUUCCAAGCCUGUCACGGUAACCUGCACAAAAUGCGUCCGUUUCCCCCCCAUCCGGGCUGCACGGCACCUGGCUACUUUUCCUGCUCUGAAUUCAGUGGGGCGGCGGGCCCCUCCGAGGAACACCUGGCCCAGCCGGAGCGAAUGUCUUGCGUUUGCACCAACGCGUUGCACUUAAAGGUUUCACCUCCCCUUUGCUUAAAGGGCUCUCACCACUGCACGGAGUGUUUAAGCAAGUCCCAAGAAAACCUAGUAGAAGCCGCUAAAAUGUGGCCAGAUAUUCCUCCGCCCAGUGCCCAGGUGGCACCCCUUUCUCUCCCAGUGUGUAAUGGCUGUGGAACCAAAGGAACAAGGAAAGAGAAGAGCCUUCUCUUAGCCAGUAGCUUUGGCCGGAUGACCCCCAAACACGGCUCUCCAGAAAUUGCCAUCGCGAACCAGUUGCUGGAAAACCUGCCUCCCAUUGGGGUCUUCUGGGAUAUCGAAAACUGUUCAGUCCCGUCUGGCCGUUCCGCCGUGGCGGUGGUCCAGCGCAUCCGGGAAAAGUUUUUUAAAGGCCACCGAGAGGCCGAGUUCAUUUGCGUGUGUGACAUUAGUAAGGAAAACAAGGAAGUUAUUGAGGAGCUGAACAAUUGCCAGGUGACUGUUGCACACAUCAAUGCCACAGCCAAGAAUGCCGCUGACGACAAACUCCGGCAGAGCCUGAGGAGGUUUGCAGAUACCCAUGCUGCACCAGCCACCGUGGUGCUUGUCUCAACUGAUGUCAACUUUGCCCUGGAACUCAGUGAUUUGAGGCACCGCCAUGGUUUCCACAUCAUCCUGGUUCAUAAAAACCAGGCUUCCGAAGCACUCUUGCACCACGCCCACAAGCUAAUCCGAUUUGAAGAAUUUAUUUCAGAUUUGCCCCCAAGAUUACCCUUGAAGAAAACAGCGUGUCACACUCUGUUAUAUGUUUACAACCUGCCCACCAACCGAGAUAGCAAAAGCGUCUGCCUGAGACUUCGGCGCCUGUCGGACAAUUGUGGUGGGAAAGUCCUGACUGUCUCCGGCAGCAGUGCCAUUCUCCGUUUCCUCAGUCAAGAUAGCGCGGAGCGAGCCCAGAAGCGGAUGGAGAAUGAAGAUGUCUUCGGCAACAGGAUAACCGUGUCUUUCACCCCCAAAAACCGAGAGCUGGCAGAAGCCAAGAACGCGGGCUCUUCUGUGGCAGACAAAGCCAAGUCGCCCAAGAAAGUCAACCGGAACGCCAAGCUGUGCCUCAUGAGCAGAACGGCGAACGACCCAUCUUCCACCACCAAGGCUGCGGCCGCAAAAGGCCCUCAAGGGCAUGGGUCCACUGCUAAAAACACCGCCGUUAAAAGCUUACAGGAAUUGUGCCGCCUUGAAUCAAAACCGGGAAGAAGCUCUGAACACCGCCAAGAUCAGCUAAAAGAGGGAGUUCCUUCAUCACACAGCGGUUCUACCUCGGCCAGCUCUGUACCCCAGGCGACCAAGAAAGCAGGAGAACCUGCUCACCAUAAAAACAAUCCAAAGAAAGAGAUGGUGGCAGCCAGAAGCAUCAACAGUUCCCCAGUGGACAAGAAGGAGAAGGAGAACGCCUUCCAGGUCAGCUUUCCUUCAGCUUUCAGCAUGCUGACGGCCUCCAGACAGCACAGUCCCAUUCUCAUCUCUCAGAGUUGUUGGUCAUCAAGGAGCGUGUCUCCAAGCGUUUCCAACCGGUCUUCUCCGCUUGCUUUGAACGUCACCAAUUCUUCCAGCCAUGCAGACUGCCCAGAUCCCUUUGCAAAUGGAGCAGACAUUCAGAUUAGUAAUCUGGAUUACCGGCUCUCCCGAAAAGAACUUCAACAAUCUUUGCAGGAUACCUUCACUAAGCACGGCAAGGUAAAGAACGUGGAACUUAGUCCUCACACUGACUACCAGUUGAAGGCUGUUGUGCAGAUGGAGAAUCUCCAAGAGGCCAUCACUGCUGUCAACAGCUUGCACAGAUACAAAAUUGGUAACAAGAGGAUCCAGGUCUCAUUAGCCACAGGAGCUGCCAGCAAAUGUCUGGCACUGAUUAGUUCAGAAGCAGUAUCUAUUCUUCAGGACGCUCCAGCCUGCUGCCUCCCCCUUUCCAAAUUCACCGAGAUUUACGAGAAAAAGUUCGGACACAAGCUGAAUGUGUCGGACUUGCACAAGUUAACAGACCUACUAGCGAUCCGUGAUCAAGGCAACGGUCGGCUGCUUUGCCUCUUACCCAGCAGCCAAGCGAGGCAGAGCCCGUUAGGAUCUUCGCAAUCGCACGAUGGCUCCUCUGCUAACUGCAGCCCCGUCAUCUUUGAAGAACUGGAAUAUCACGAGCCUGUCUGCAAACGGCAUUGUGUGAACAAAGACUUCAGCGAGCACGACUUUGAUCCUGACUCCUACAAAAUUCCCUUUGUGCUUCAUUCCCUGAAGGCAUUUGCUCCUCAAGUUCAUAGCUUGUUACAGACCCACGAGGGGACAGUACCACUACUCAGUUUCCAAGACUGUUAUGCUUCAGAAUUUAACAGUCUAGAAAUGGUUCAGGAAGGCCAUGGAGGGAUUCCUCUGGAGCAUCUUAUCUCCUGUGUUCCUGGUGUUAAUAUUGCUAUCGCGCAAAAUGGCAUCAAAGUUGUCAAGUGGAUACAUAAUAAACCACCUCCUCCUGCCACAGAGCCUUGGCUGUUGCGUUCAAAGAGCCCCGUGGGCAACCCACAACUCAUCCAGUUCAGUAGAGAAGUGAUUGAUCUCCUGAAAAACCAGCCCUCCUGCAUUAUGUCCGUCAACAAGUUCAUCCCCAUGUACCACCACCAUUUUGCCAAACAAUGCCGUGUGUCGGACUAUGGCUAUUCCAAGUUAAUAGAGCUGCUGGAAUCGGUGCCUCACGUCCUGCAGAUUCUCGGGAUAGGAACCAAGCGCUUGUUAACCUUAACCCACAGGGCUCAAGUGAAGCGAUUCACUCAAGACUUACUAAAACUCCUGAAGUCCCAGGCCAGUAAGCGAGUUGUAGUCAAAGAAUUCUUACAUGCUUAUCACUGGUGUUUUUCGAAAGACUGGGAUGUCACGGAAUACGGAGUGUGUGAAUUGGUUGAUCUGAUAUCCGAAAUUCCUGACACCACCAUUUCUUUGUCGCUGCAAGACAACGAAAUGGUCAUUUGUAUCCCCAAGAGAGAACGCACCAAGGAAGAAAUGGAAAGGACGAAACAGUUCUGCAAAGAAGUGAUUGAUUUGCUGCGCCACCAGCCCUAUUUCCGUAUGCCCUUCAACAAAUUCAUCCCGUGCUAUCACCAUCACUUUGGGCGCCAGUGCAAACUUGCACACUACGGAUUUACCAAACUGCUUGAACUUUUUGAAGCCAUACCCGACGUCUUGCAGGUCUUGGAAUGCGGCGAGGAGAAAAUCCUAAUGCUAACCGAGACGGAACAAGUCAAAGCUUUAGCUGCUCAGGUGGUGAAGCUGCUCCGUUCCCAGAAGGAUAAAUGUCUCAUGAUGGCAGACGUCCUUGCCGAAUACGCUAAAACGUUCGGCUACCCUUUGCGUCUCCAGGACUACGACGUUGGCUCCGUUCCAGCCCUGGUGCAGAAGCUUUGCCAUGUCAUCAAGGUGGUCCAUGUAGAAUCCGGGAAACAGCUUCAACUGAUCAAUAAAAAAUCCCUCCGGACGCUCACUUCGCAUCUUCUGGUGCUUCUCAUGACCUUGGAUGAAGCCACUGUGGUUUCUGUGCAGGAGCUUAAAAGGCGUUACGAGGCCGCCCAGGGGGCUGUCCUCAACCCAUGUGAAUAUGGCUUCAUGACCUUUAUCGAGCUUCUGAUGAGCGUGCCUUAUUUUAUCGAGGUUUUUAUUGAUGGCAGUGCAGAAUAUGUGAAGCUUACAGAUCUUUAUGUGUUUGCCAAGAAAGUGAGGAUGUUGCUUCACACCUACCAUUACCAACAGAUCUUCCUCCACGAGUUCUCAACAGCCUACAGCAAAUUCACAGGAGAAGAACUUCAUCCCAACACAUAUGGCUACAAUAACCUUGAGGAACUUCUAGGGGCAAUUCCAUCGGUAGUAUGGAUAAAAGGCCACGGUCAUAAGAGGAUUGUUGUUCUGAAGAAUGACAUGAAAACUCGCUUCAACUCUCCCAGUCUUCCCCUGGCUGAUGAAAGUUACGAAAAUGAACUGGCCGAUGGCGAUGGACAAUCCACAAAGGCAGCAGGAGUGGACAGAUCCUUAGAUUUAAUCCUGGAAGCACCCAACAUCGUCUCCAGUCAAGCCGAGGAAGAGUUGCUUUGCCUCACCAAUGCCUCACCUGUUGAUCUUUUAUGCCAGCCGGUCCCUUCCUGCCUUCCCUCCCCACAGCUGAGACCAGAUCCAGUGGUUCUUGAAUCAACAGAUCUCAUCCGUUUCGAAGAGCACUUACCGACCCCUUCUGAGAUUACAAUAGAUCCUGAAGAGGAGAAGGCCGCUGGUCAUUCAGAAGCUCAUAAAGAAAUCGGUCACUUCUCCGAAGCUAUGGAAAAUAUCUCAGCUACUUCCUGUUUGGCAUCCGAACAUCCGGGAUGCAGAGAAGCCACGGACAGUCCAGCUCGGAAGCAGCCCAAGAGCCGAGUCAAAUUGGCCGCCAACUUCUCCUUCGCACCCGUAACCAAGCUUUAAAUCUCCUCCCGGUGUGAGAAGCAUCGUAUUGUUAAGACUACACAGGAAAUAAAGUCGGCUAUACUU